GACGAGAUUAAGAUCUCUGGGCUCAUUGCUAUGUUCGACUGGAUACUCUCUCGCUGCGAGCAGACAGCACGCGAAACAUCUCGUACGGUCCUUUGCUGGUUCCGAAGCCUCCAGCCGGAUAAGAUCUAUCCAAAGCCGUUUACUCUAGUCUCAGCGAAGGCGAGCCGACAGAAGUAUCUCCGGACUUUCCAGCGUUUUGUCGCCUUUAUCUUCCGCAUCUACCGCCUGCCAACCUUCCAACGUCGGGAGCUUCUCCCUAUUCGAUUUGAUUCGGAUCAGCAGCAGCUACUUCGAGAUAUCUGGUCCCACGAGGCCUGGAGCGAGGAACAGCUCCUACGUAAUUCGUACUCUUUAUGGAAUAAGGAGAAUGAGGACGGCGAGGAUGACGAGGAUGACGAGGACGAGGACGACGAGGACGACGACGACGAGGAUGAUGAUGAUUAUAAGAGUAGCUUUCUCGACGAACACUUUAGCGACUCAGGCUUGAGCGACAGCCAGAGCGAAACAGAGGAAAAGGUCCAAUACGCAAAUAUAAAGAAUCAGGCGAUCGUCCCUAGCCCAGCGCUGAGCCAGCUUCUCGAACUACUAUUCAAGCUUUGUAUUACCUUCUAUACCGAAGACUUCGCCGACGGCCAUCCCAGCUCAACCUAUCUCGUCUACUUCAGUGGGAUCCUUGGUAUUAAUCCAGACGGUAGAGGCUUUCGAACAGCAAGGCUUUACACACCAUCUCUUUCAGCCUUGAUCUAUCUC